AAUAGUUUCUUCUCCUUAAAUACUCGUUUCCUCUCUGCUCGUCUCGAGAAGAAGCCGAAGCCGAAGCCGAAGCCAAACAGCGCCAAAAGCCAAGCUCUCACCGGCGCUCAAUUGAUCUGAACGACGAACUCUAAGCGGUGAGGGGAAGAAUUCCGAUUCCAGUAUCAUUUCGCGAAGAUCUUUCCACAUUCCCGCGCUUCCGCUGUCGAGUGCUUUGUUUUCUCAAUUGAAGCAAUGAAGGCAGGAAAUUCUAGUUUGAACCCGUAUGCAGCCUCAUAUGUACCUCUUUCUAGGAGGGAGGUAGUUGAACAUACUCAGUCUCCAGGGGUAGUUGCAAAACCUUCACAGAGUGGCAAUCGAAAUGUGUGGUAUGGACCUGGCUAUGCUGCUGAGAAUGGACAGCAGGGGAAAGCUUCUCCAAUUACUUCAGCAUCUACAGAGAGCCACUAUGGGCAUGGGUUCUAUGGUUCAUCAUCGCAACUUCAUGAUGGAAGAACCGAUAAACAAAUUAUCGAUGAAGAGUCUGACUUUGAGUUGGAAUUCCUACAGAUGACAUUUCCUGGUGUAUCUACAGAAUCACUUAUGGAUGUGUAUGCAGCUAAUAAUGGAGACUUGGAAAGCACUGUUGACAUGCUUAACCAGCUUGAGAUUGACAUUCCUCUCCCAGAUUCUUUGGAUAUCUGGGAUAUUCCGGAACCCGUGCCAUCCAUGAAACAGAAGGCUGUCGUAGGUGAAGCCAGUGCCUCUUCAUCUGGUUCCUCAGUCUCAGGCCCCGCAGUCUCAACAAUCUGAUUCAUUUACAAGGGGAAAUUACAAAACAAAUGUUUAAAUUGUUGUUCAACCUUCUGUUUCAUUUCUCCCCAUUUCUGUGGAUAAAGGAGUAGUACAUAGAUAGAGGGGUUAAAGAGGGAAAAGUGCAUAGAAUAUGUUGUGGUACAGACUACAGAGUUUGUUAGGGUGCUUUUCUUUUGCUUGGAUUCACAGGCAUACAGGCUUUCAGUGUUGAAUCUUCAUAGCUGGAAGUUCGUCAUUUUGGGUUCUGCAGUUUUUGGUGUUACUCGGUUUUGCUCCCCAAUAGGAUGUAAAAACCGUGGAGGAUCGAUGGUGGUUUGGUUGUUGUAAGUGCAGCCAUAUUUGGAUUAUACAUAGUCAACUGCUGAAAGAUUUCCCAUGGUAAUUGCGCACACCAUUUGACUCUCAUUUCUGUUGGUUGUAGAUCUCCUAUCUGAGACGA